GCGCACACCUGCGAGCCUGAACACACAGAGAAGAACCUGAACAGCAUCCUGUUAACACCAGCUCAUAUUACUGCUUGAAUAAGGUGUGCGAGGAUGUCCUGCGGCUGGUUGCUCGCGCUGCUCGUCCACGUGCUGCUGCUGCUCGCGUGCCCGAGACUCUCGCGGAGCGCCCUCGACUACUCCUUCACUGAAAACAGUGACGCCCAGCCUGAGCGCUACGACAAACGAUAUGAUGAUAUUGAUUACGACAGUUUCGUCGGCCUGAUGGGCAGGAGGAGCACAGGAAUAAAUCGUGAGGCACAUUUGCCAUUUAGACCUAAUAUGAAUGACAUCUUUGUCGGACUGUUAGGACGGAGAAACACCUUGUCUUCUAUGAGAAAAGAGAGGAGAGGGAACAUUUUCUUCAAGGAUGGGAGACUGAGGUUUUGCUGUGGUGUAUGAAGCUUUCUCUAAGAACUAAUCCAACAUCACACACAUGCACAAAUAUAUAUGUCACAAUUAAUCCAUUUUAAUAUUCUUUUGGCUAACCACCGAGUACAGAAUAAAGACUAAAGGCCUUUGGUACAGAAUGAACCAAACUUGUAUUAAAUAAAUCUUUUUUUUUAAAGAGUUUCUAAAGUAAUAACAGUCCUGUUGUAGACAGACGAAGGAAGAAUGUUGGCCACAAUUUGUGCAAUUAUGUGCUUGUAACUUUCGAUUUAAAAAACAUUCUUAUUUUAAAAUGCUGUAAAAACAUUUGAUUUAUUCAUAGAUAAUACCACACUGUUUACUGUAAAAUAAGUCUUUAUUUUAAG